GCGCUCAAUCUUGAAAAAAAACUACCAAUUUUUACCAAACCUACCUCACCUAGCAACUUGAUCAAGCCCCUCAGCUCAACACGCAAGCAGGACUUGCAAUUCCCAAGUGACACAUUCUCUACACUGUCAUCGGCAAGACUACCUCAACCUUGCACCCUCAUUUCACCUUGAAACCACCUCCUCCGACCUUCAAGCCGCAAUGGACCAACAACCAGAGAAGCGCAAAUACGCCGGCCCAACCGUCGGCCCCAGGCCCGCGCCCAUCGAAACAGAGGACGCAUCCAGCAAACGCCGCCGAGUCAUCGGGCCCUCCCUUCCCCCACCGGCGCAAUCCAGCGCCAGCGACGACGAGACCAACAACAACCACAAACCCAGCGCCACUAUCAGCGAUAACAACAGCGAAAGCGACAGCUCCGACGACGACGACUUCGGCCCAACCCUCCCCCCACCCGCCGGCAGCUUACAACCCACUCACUCCACAGCAACCCCCGCAUACCCCUCCACGACAUCAAAACCAGAACCCCAACGCGACGCCUGGAUGCUCGAACCCCUCGAACCCUCCGAUCGGACCGCGCGCGUCGACCCCACGCGCCUGAAAAACCGGCGCUUCCAGUCCGGGCCCCGCGCCGGCAACGCCGGUGCCUCGGGCGGUGGCGUCGACGUCACGUGGACGGAGACCCCGGAGCAGAAGAUGAAGCGGCUCCAGGACGAGGUGCUGGGCGUGCAGGCGCCGCGCAACACCGAUUCCGGGGCUGGUAGCGGUGGCGUUGGUGGUAAACAGACCCAGCCGUCCAAGGCGAUGCAGGAGAAGAUUCAGCGGUAUAAUGAGGAGAAGCGAAGGGAGGAUGCGGCGGCGCGCGAGAAGCAUAAGAAAUUGCCCAAAGAGGAGGAGGAUGAUCCCAGUAAGCGGGCGUUUGAUCGCGAGAAGGACAUGGGCCUCGCCGGGAAGAUUUCCCAUGCGCAGCGGAGGGAGAUGAUAAGUAAGGCGGCGGAUUUUGGGAGUCGGUUUUCGAGUGGGAGGUUUUUGUGAUCAGGGAUGAGGCAUUUUGGUCACCGGGGA